AUGGCCAAGACCAAGUCCAUUGAGGAUAUGCCCAACCCAAGGGAUCUUCCCAGACCAGAAUCCAAGGAGCUGUUCCGGCCAGUGUACGACCCCAAGGAAAAGUAUAGAGAGCAGGGUGAGCAGCUUCAUGAGUUUGGCAGGUACAUCAUGGCAUGCAUGCCGAAGUUCAUACAGCAGUAUUCUGUCUGGAAAGAUGAGCUGACUGUGUAUUGUGCUCCCUCUGGACUGGUGCCUGUGGCCACUUUUCUGAAAAACCACACCUCGAGCCAGUUCACGGCGUGCAUGAAUAUCACUGCGGCGGAUUAUCCGUCGCGCAAGAACCGGUUCGACGUGGUGUAUGACUUGCUGUCUGUGCGGUUCAACUCGCGGAUCCGCAUCAAGACGUUUGCGUCGGAGAUGACGCCGAUCCCGAGCUUGGUGCCGUUGUACGAGGGGGCCAACUGGCUUGAAAGAGAGACGUACGACCUGUUUGGCGUGUUUUUCGAGAACCACCCGGAUCUGCGCAGGAUCAUGACCGACUACGGCUUCGAGGGCCAUCCUUUGCGCAAGGAUUUCCCCACAACGGGCUACACAGAGGUCAGAUACGACUCUGAGAAGAGACGCGUGGUGUACGAGCCGCUGGAGCUUACACAGGCCUGGAGAAACUUCACCGUGGGCUCGUCGGUGUGGGAGCAGGUCGGCACCGGCGAGGACGACACGCCAGAGAGUUUCCGUCUCCCAGAGCCGGAGCUUGACGAGGAAGUCAAGAAGUAG